GCUCGGAGCAGCUGCAGCAACAUUAUUGGAUCGCCAGUCCCCAGAGCAGACACACGACCACAAAGAAGCCGCACAGCCAGCCACAUGAUGAAGGGAUUGAUACUCGUGACUGUCCUGUGCCUGACGACCAGUGGACUGGCAGCUCCUGCUCCUGCCCCAGCCCCAGCCCCAGCCCCAGCUCCAUCUGGCAUUGGGCUUGGCCUGGGACAUAGCUACGGAGGAUUGGGACUGGGACUGGGACUGGACCUCGGCCACUACGGCGGCUACCACGGGGGAUACCACGGGGGACUGGGCCUGGGUCUGGGCUUGGGCUACCACGCGCCAAUCAUCUCCAAGACGAUCAUCGGAAAGAGCUAUGUGGGCGGCUACGGGCUGGGCCAUGGCUAUGGAUUGGGCCUGGGCCACGGAUACGGUCUGGGCCAUGGCUACCUGGGAGGCUACGGACACGGACUCUACGGCGGACAUGGCCUGGCUCUGGGCGGCUACGGCUACGGCUACGGCCACGGCUGGUAG